AAGUGCAAGCGGCUACGGCAGCGGCGGCGGCGGCUGUGGUUGCCAGGUGCCGGAGUUGCCGCCUUGAGACCCGUAAUAUGGCGGGGAGGAGGAGGAGGAGACGGCGGCGGAGCGGGCGGCUGUGCUCUGCAGAUUUAGCCUGAUCCCUUUGUCUCCUCCUGAGGUCGUGGAGAAAGAAAGAGAAAGAAAGAAAGAGGAGAGUGCGAAGGGACGCUGAGGGUUGCGGAAGAGAAGGAGGAAUAUUAAUUUUGCUGCUUAUAUGGAAGAUGAAUUGGAAGAGGGAGAGACUGAGAUCAUGAAAACCAAUUAGGUCAUUGUAGUUCAGCUUAAUUGUGUGAUGAUGGAGGAAUAUGAGAAGUUUUGUGAGAAAAGCCUUGCCAGAAUACAAGGAGAGUUACUAUCUCGAGAAACUUUUCCAUCUGGUCAACCUGAGAACAUUUCAUUCAUUCGUUUUCAUGGAGUUGCUUUGCUUUCUCCAUUGCUCAGUGUUGAAAGAAGAAAAGAAAUGCAGCAAGAGAAACAAAAAGCACUUGAUGUAGAAGCACGAAAACAGAUUAGUAGGAAGAAAGCCUUACUGAAUCGGGUCCAGGAGAUUCUGGAAAACGUUCAGAUCAGAAAAGCACCAAAUAUAAGUGAUUUUGAUCAGUGGGAACCUGAGGCAGUUUACCUCAAUUCAGAAGUCAGAGACGUGAAUGUUCCCACUAUACUUCCAAAGGAUAGUUUGCCAAGUCUUAUUGAACAGUCUGCCUCAACAAAAGUUGAAGAGACUAUUGAAAUUUUGCCUUCUAAUACCACUGCCCAAGUAAAACUGAAUGGGACAGAUGCAGAUAAAGAUAUAGGAGCAUGCAUUUCUAUCAAACAAAGGGACAGUCCUAAUCCUAACCAAUUGGGAAAUGAAACUUCUCCAGACACAUCUUCAGAUACCUCACAGGAUACUCUGAUCAUAGAUGAGAACCCCAGAAGGGAGGGAGAAUUGGAGCCCACUCUGGUUGAGGAAGUCACCUCAGAUCCUUAUAUGAUGAGCCUUCAGAAUCUUAUGAAGAAGUCAAAAGAAUACAUAGAACGAGAACAAACUCGACGCAGCAUGAGAAAUAACUCAAAGAAGAGUGUCACUGAGAACCACUCAGACAAAGAGAAUGAUGCUAUUAAGAUGAAUGACUCUGAGAAAGAGAAUGCAGGAUUUAUAAACAAAAGUUGUAGUUCAGUUUCACUUGAUAAACCGAGCCUUAAUAAAUCAAACAUUCUUCUCCAAAGUGCUACUACUCAGAUGAGCAGCAUGAAUGCUUUGGCAAGCUUCUCCAAAGGGGAUAUACCUGUGCGAAUGGGUACUCCGAUUCUUUUGGAUUCGGAUGAAGAUGAAGAUUUUAAAGUUACUUCAACCUUUGAUCCUGAAAGUAGUGUAGUUAAAAGUUUUACAGGUUCCUAUGCCAAGUUACCUAGUCCAGAGCCAAGUGUGAGUCCUAAAAUGCAUCGAAGACGACCUAAGUCUUCCUCAACAGGUCACAUACUUAUAAAUAACCCAGUAAAUGCAUAUGAAUUGAGUCCCAAAGAAAAAGGAAGGGCCAUGGAAUUAAUCAUACAAGAUGUCAAUGUAAAAAUAAAUAUACCUGAGUCUGUGCCAAAAUUUCCUAUUGAUUUAACUGAAGUUUGUUCUAGCAAAGUUCAUAUUGACAGCAAAAAUGCUUCUGAAACUGGAGGUGAAGAAUCAGUCUUAGGUAAAUCAAAUGAGCUUUGUCAACAUUCAGUCAACCAAUUAGAAAACAGAGUCAUGCAUGUAACUGCUACAAUGGAGGGUCAAAUAGCUUCUGAUGGGAGAGAGCCAUAUAAAACAGACAAUAAUUGUACCAUAGUUCCAAAAUUGCAUGAGCCAUAUGCAAUUAGUCAGUGCAUAGUAAGUCAAAAGUGUGGAAUAAUGAAUGUAAUUAAAUCAACUAGUAUUUUAGAAAAAAACUGCAAUUCACAAGUGGAAUUGAAUAAAUCUUAUGAUGUACAAAACCCAUCUCCACUACUGAUGCAAUGCCAGAAUAAAAGACAGCAGAUAGAUACACCAAAUGGGUCCUGUGGAAAUGAACAACUUGUGGAAAACAGUUUUGAGAAGGUGAAACGGAGACUUGAUUUGGAUGUUGAUGCUUUUCAAAAAGAAAACAGCCCUUAUAUCCUAACAACUGGAACAGUUGAACAGGAGAGACGAUGGAUACAGGAAAAAAGAUUUCCCAAGGGACCUGUCUACAUUAACAAGAAUGAGAUGUUAGAAAUUAGCUCCAGAGAAGGAGAAGAGAUGCUAAAAAAUAAGAUGUUGGCUUUUGAAGAAAUGAGAAAGAGACUUGAAGAACAGCAUGCUCAGCAGUUAUCGAUACUUAUAGCUGAGCAGGAGAAAGAGCAAGAGAAAUUACAAAAGACCUUUAAUCUACAGGAAAUAGAAGAACAGGAGAGAAUGCUAAAAGAGAAGGAUAUUACAGCAGAAGCACCUGAAGUGAACCUUAACAAUGCAGUGGAAUUAGAAUGGAGAAAAAUAAGUGAUAGUGGCAUAUUAGAAACAAUGCUAUCGCAAGUGGACACUCUCCAUAUUGCAAAUUCAAAUAGUUCUGGUUUUACAAAUUCUGCUCUACAACAUAGCUUUGGUUCUACAAGUGAAGUACCAUUCUACCUCUGGGGAUCAUCAACUAAUAGUUUACCUAAAAUCCCAGUAACAAGACCUCUUGGAAGGGGCAAACCUAGAUGGUCUCAGGUUUUUAGUCUAGAGGUACAAGCAAAAUUUGAUAAAAUAACUGCAGUGGCAAAAGGAUUUCUUACACGUAGGCUCCUACAGACAGAAAAAGUGAAACAUCUCCGGCAAACCGUAAAAGAUACUAUGGAGUUCAUAAGAAGUUUUCAAUCAGAAGCUCCACUAAAAAGAGGAUCUGUUUCAGCACAAGAUGCUUCUCUCCAAGAGAGAGUGCUAGCUCAGCUUCGAGCUGCCUUAUUUGAUAUUCACGAUAUAUUCUUCAUAAUGGAUGCAACAGAAAGAAUGUCCAUUUUACAUCAUGAUCGAGAAGUGCGUAAAGAAAAAAUGCUUAGACAAAUGGAUAAAAUGAAGAAUCCACGAGCAUCCCUUUCAGCUGCAACACAGAAAUCUCUGGAUAGGAAGAAGUACAUGAAGGCUGCUGAAAUGGGAAUGCCAAAUAAGAAAAUUUUUAUCAGACAAAAGCCUUCUGAAACAAGAGUACUUCAGCCAAGUCAAGGACAGAAUGCUCCUAUUCAUAGGCCACUUUGUAGACAAGGAACCCCUAAGACAUCAGUGAAGGGGGUUGAGCAAAGUAGAGAGAAGUCCUCAGACAACAGAAUGCGUAACAGAAUGCGUGUUUCAGGAGCAUAUGCAGGAAAAACCCAAAGAAAGCAGCCAAAUGUUGCGACAAUUUAAGAAGACAACAUUCAUUAGGAUAAGACAAUGUGUGGUCAAGCUUAUGUACAUUUCUGUGCCCAAGAAAGUAAAGUGAAAGGUUGAGGAUUAUUUAAUAAUAGUACAGAAGAAUCCUACUUUAAAUCCAUUUUUUCCCCAGUAAUAAUAGGUUUAGGUGGGGGAAAAACUUAAUACAGAAAAAAAUGUCAAGUCUUUGCUUUAUCUAUAUAGUUACAGUUUUUAUAUUUACAUGUAGAGGCUUGUAAAAGAUGUAUAUUUUCCAAAUUUUAAGGACAUUUGAACUGUUUUUGUGAAAGAAGAUUGAAAAGAUGUGACAAAAUGUUCAUCAGUCUGGAAUAAGAAAGUUACUGUAUUUGGUAAAACAAUUUCAUGAGAUAUAUAGUUUCAGGGGAGAAUCAUAUUUUGUUGGUUUUUUAACUUUUAAAAAAAUUUUUCAUCAGACUCAGUUGAGUUGAAUACCAAUUUGUAAAUUUUACUAAAGACUAACAGAUAUUUACAUAAAUUGGAACUCUAGUUUACGGAGCAUAAAUUGGAUGAAAAUUAACAUGGAAUGAAAGUUUAGAAUAUCCUUUUUGGUCAUAUAUUUAUUAUUCUUCUCGGUACCUGUAUGCUAUAUGUUCCUAAUAUAUUUCUUAAAGCAUUUUCAUAGGAUUGUCACUUCCUUUAAUGGAGAGAGAAUUUGUUGAGAAGACAGCACAUCUUCUUAAAUAUAUCGUAUUUACGAAUGCACUAAAUCCACUGUAGUUUAAAAAAAAAAUCCUACAGGUUUUUGCAUGCAAUUAUGCUUUCUAUUUGGGCAGAACAACUUUUUCCCCAGUAGUUUUGCUCCUUUAUGACAUUCUGCUUUUUUCUAGGAUGCUUAAUUUUGGAGAGAAUAAAGAACUGUAUCUAAUAAAUCUAAAUUUUCAAAUAGUAGUUUAUUUGUAAUGCAUGAACUAAUGUGUAUAUAUGUAUGUAUAUACACAAAUACAUGCAUUAUUAUAUGUAUACACGAAUAACUGUGUUUUUAUAUGCACAUACAAGUGAAAUUAAAAACAUUACCCUAAAUAGCAGGAAGCAAGAAAAACUAACUUUUUUUUUUUUUUUAGAAAGAAUUUCAUUCAUUAUAAGAUAUUUUGGAGUCUUAAGGAAGGAUUUAUGCUUCUCUCAUGUAAACGUAGAUCUUUAAUUUUUCAAACUAGAAUUGUAAAGAAAGAUGAUGUUGAAUUUUAGAGAGGAUAUUGGUAAUUUUGUAAAGCAGAGUCUACUUUUAAGUGAAAGCUGGUUUUCUCCAAUUUGCAGAGUCUACUUAAGUGAAAGCUGAUUUUCUCCAAUUUUCUGCUCCAUUUAAAAAUCACUUUUGUCUCCAACUAUAGACAAAAAACAAUUACUCUGGGAAUAAACUUGAUUAUUGUUCUUGGUAUUUUUACAUAAUUUAUUGCCUGAGUGAACCAGAAAAUUAUAGGAGAGCCAGCAAAAUGCCCUAGUUAGAUUUCUUAUUAAUAAGUGAAACAUAUCAAAUUGUUUACUAUUUAAAUGUGGCAAACCUUGUUUUUUAAAAAUCAAAACCUCAGGAUAUUUGCUUAUUUAUUAUUCUAGGUUCUCUCCACUGAUAAAGUUAGACUCAUUGUUUUUGUGUGCAGCAGUGCUAAUUAGCAAGAUAAGCAAUAUGUUUUAGAGAAACUUAAGUAGUCUUAGAAUAAAAUAGAAAAUCUCGAUUAUCUUUUACAUUUAAAAGGUUUGUGUGUUAAUGUCAUCUAUAAAUUUUGUUUUUCAACGAUUUUUCUCUUAAAAUGUGCCAGAUACCUUUUUGUGCUUUGGAUGGAUUUUUAUUUAUGUAUGUAUACUAUUUUUUAUUUUUAUUUUUUUUUAUUUUGAGUGGAAUGCCCAUUGAUUUAAAUUAUAUUUAUUUUUGUACUUAUAGUAGUUUUCACCAGCUUUGCUUCUAGGCAAGCAGCAAAAUAAACUUUUCAUCCUUAAAGCUCUA